AAUAACAUUGGCUUUAGACUAGGCCUAAAUGGAUGACCGAGUUUUACUAUUUCUGACCCAACAGUCACGAAUAACUUGUGCCGAUUCCCUUGGAUUAUUCUCUUGUGAUGUAAUAGCGAGUCUCGAUAAAACUAUUACGGGUUUGAUUCACUAUUAGUGUUGACAAAUAAUAUCUAGGCCUAGACUAGAUAUAAUAUUGUAUUUGUGAUUUAAUAAUCUAGACUUGUCAAUACACAAAUAGUGAAUACUCACUGUGAAUCUACUGACACUGACUACUCGUCUGAGGAAGUCAGGUCGGAAAUGACAUUAUAUAUUAUAUGAUUUAAUAUAUUUUGAUUAGACUUGCUUGCGAUUGUGAUUCAUUAUACAGUUUUAUUGCGUUUCUGCCUGGACAUAGACUUAUAUCUAGAGAGGUCAAGUUAUAAGCAGAUUUGGUAUGGCAACACAUGAAACGAACUCAAAUUUAUUUGAUCUUCCAUCCUAUAAUGUGGUUCCUAGUUUUUCAUUUUCUGGCUGUGGAUUUUUAGGAGUUUAUCAUGUUGGAGUUGCUGCUUGUUUGAGAGAUCACACUGAUGUUGUUAACAGAAAAGAGAUCAAAUUUGCCGGCGCUAGCGCUGGAGCCAUUGUAGCAACGACGUUACUAUGUGAUAUUGAUUUUGGUGAAGUAACCAGGCUUUUACUAAAAGUGGCUUGGGCUGUACGCAACAAAGAACAUAUAGAUCUUGCACAGGUUUUAAGAGAUCUCAUGAAUAAAUAUUUGCCUGAUAAUGCACAUGAACUUUUAUCAGGACGCUUGUAUAUAUCUGUAACAAUGCUUAGGGGAUUACAGGGAGCCUUGGUGACUGACUUUCAUUCAAAGGAACAUCUAAUUGAGUGCCUCAUAGCUACCUCAUUUAUACCUGGGUUUCUUGGUUGGAUCCCUCCCGGUCUUGAAGGUGAAGAUUUUGUAGACAUUGCCAAUGGUGUCCUUCUAUCUACUGCUCUUGGAGAGUGCUGCACUACAGACUCAGAAAGUGCAAGUGAUGAAGAUGAUGAAGUAGAUUGGAAGCAGGACAAAAAUAAGAAAACAGAGCCCAGCUCUUGUAGUAUCUGGGAUGUGUAUAGUUCAGAUUACAACUGCAAUGACUGUAGAGUCUCAUCAAGCAAGUGUAAAGUAUCCUUAGACAGUUCAGAAAGUGAUAGUUAUCUCAACAAGCUUGUAAAAAUGUGUUUUCGUGGUCUUCAUUCAACAACACAGGCAGUUAGAAAAAUACCAGUGGCCUCCCAUGUCAUAGAUUCAUUUAUUCCAGAUGGGCUUGAUGGAUUCAUUGAAGCUUUGAUGCUGGAAAUCAUGUCCAACAGAUACACUGUCUUAGAUGGAGGAUUUUCUGAUAACAUUCCCUGUUUCGACAACAAUACAAUUACAAUUUGUCCUUUUGCUGGAGAGAGUGACAUCUGCCCACGGGAUCUUACAGCUCUUGAUAUUAGCUUAGAAGUCAGCCACACCAGUCUUCACAUCAGUGAGGAUAACAUCUUCAGACUCAAUCAUGCCUUGAACCCUAUGGACCCUGAAAUGUUGCUGAAGCUCUGUGAAGAAGGCUAUAAUGAGUGCCUCAGAUUUUUACACAAAAAAGAUUUACUCAGUUGUAAAAAACAUCUAAUGACAAGAGCUGCCAUAUCAUCUUCCCCUUGUAAUAUUGGCCAUGCUCACUGCAAAUGUAGACUGUGUCAGGCUGUGGACCCGAAGAUAAGGACCUCAUUAUCCUGCACAGACUGUCACCAACAGAAGCGAAAAGCAUUGAACUCAGUGUUACCAGCAGAUGUGAGAAAUGAAUUCGACAAAGCUAUUGCUGACUACAAUGUCAAGAAAAGAGCACAGAACUUCACACACUGGAAUAAAUUUGUUUCUUCAUUGUGGUGGUGUGUGGAGAAAAUGUAUGCUGGGACCAUACGAUUAACAGAUCUUUCCAUUGAUUUCCACAUGUGGCUACUAAGAGUCUGGGACAAUAUUGCCUGUUUUACAAAAUAUGCUGUUCUACCCCUUGGUAAAAAGAGAAAACUUGUUAGAUAUCUCUUGCAUUCGUUAAAGAAAUCUAUUGGCACUGCCAGAUCCAAGAACAGAUUAGCAUCGUGUACAGCAUCACCAACAAACUUAACAAUGUGUAUCUAGUCUUACUAUCUAAGUGAUCAUGAUCUUUGUGGAACUCAUAGAGUUAUGACUGGCUUCAGCAUUGCAUUUGAUUUCAAUAUUUCUAAUCAUGAAACAUCCAGUAAUAUAUACAUUCUGCCAGAUAUACCCAGAAAGAUUGUGUAAAUUAUUUGACAAUCAAUGCAUAUCUUGGUUAUAAAGAAAAUCAUUGGACAGAAAAGAGAAUGUAUUCAUUAUAUGUAACUAUUUAUUGUUUUUUUUUUAGUUUAAUGUAUAUAAAAAUAAUAACCCAUUGUAUAUUUCUCUUGGCUGUACCAUACCAAAAGUGUCUUUCAACUGAGAGUUGUGAAAGGUUUUAGUAUGAAUAAGUGCAAUUCAUGUCAUUUUAAUGUUCAAUUCUAGAUUUGUUAAAUAAAUCUUUUAUUUGCCAAAA